AUGGACGUAUUAGAAUUCUUUGCUCAGAGUAAUUUUUCACUGAGCGGUCUAAAUAAUAAAAGCGCGCUGUUUACUAUAUGCAAGGAACUAAUUGAUAACGCAUUUGAUGCCUGCAAAUCAAAGACUCAAAGAAUACACCACAUUGCCCUUGACAUCUCUAAAUGCAAACCUGAAGAUCCGAUCCAAGUAACUUGCCUGGAUGAUGGUUGUGGCAUAAGCUGCGAUUCAAUUGAGUCUAUCGGAGAAAUUUUCAACUCAUCAAAGAAAUUAGAGGAAAGUUCUGGUGCAUUCGGUCUAGGCCUCAAAACGGUAGGUCGACACACCAACCCAAACAAUCUUUAG